AUGAAUGAAAAAUGUGAAGAAGUGAAAUCAAAAUAUUAUACAUGCUUAAAUGCCAGUAAGAGAAGUCUAAGCAAGUGUAAAGAUAUAGAAACUGAACUAAGGGAAUGCUCCAAAACGACUGGAAAGAGUUAUUGUAUAGAUGAAAUUAACAAUUUGAUGGAAUGCUCAAGAUCACCAGACGCAUCGAUUUGCUCUAAGGAAUUUCUUUUAUUUCGAGAAUGCAAUAGACCCGAUGGACCACAUAUAUUAAUAGAUAACAAUAAGUAUUUAAUUUCGAAAAAGCACUUGGACAAAUAUAAUGUUAAUAAUGCAACUAUAGGAUCAAUUGAAGCCCCCGAACGAAAUAAUUCGAAUACUGCAACAUUUUUAGGAAAAAUGAAAGAAACAUUACACUUGAAGAAUUUUAAAGAAAACUUUGUAGCUUAUAAAUGGUGA